GCUCUCUGCUCCUCGCUGUGCUCGUCUCUCUCCGCCCGGGCCGUGCUCGAGGCCGUCGGGGUCGGCGACGGCGCCGCCUCCGUCACCGGGGCCGCGCUCACCUGGCUGCUGCGAGACGGGGUCGGGAUCGUCACCAGGAUCGUCUUCGUGUGGCUGCAGGGGAGCCACCUGGACUGUGAGGCCAAGCAAUGGCGGCUGGUGGCGGACGUGCUCAAUGACGUCGCCCUGGUGCUGGAAAUCCUCGCUCCCUAUUGGCUGAGCCUCGGCCCCGCCCUCCUCAUCAUGGCGGCCGCCGCCAGGUGCGUGGUGGGCGUGGCCGGCGGCGCCACCAGGGCGGCCCUGGCCGUGCACCAGGCCCGGAGGGACAACGUGGCCGACGUGGCCGCCAAGGNNNACCGGCAGGAGACGCUGGUGAACGGGGCGGGGCUGCUGCUGUCGCUGCUGCUGCUCCCCCUGCUGGACGGGCGGCCAUGGCUCACCUGGGCCACCCUGGGGCUGCUCCUGGCCGCUCACCUGGCCGCCAACAUGGCCGCCCUGGCCUCCCUCACCCUCACCUCCCUGAACCGGCCCCGCCUCCGGCUGGCCAUUGGCUGGGCCCUGCGAGGGGGCGGGGCCGGCGGGGAAAGGGGCGUGGUCAGCCCGGGGCCGGGCGGGGUCGAGCUGGAGCUGCCCCGCCCCGAGCAGGUGAACCCCCGCGAGCCGCUGCUGCCAGGGUUCGGGUCCCGCCUCCGCCUCCACCUGGGGGCGCCCCUGGAGCAGCUCGUGAGCAGCGAGGCCGAGUUCCGGAAGGCUCUGGAGUGCGGAACCCCCGACUACGUCCUCGUGCUCCGCCCCUCCCAAGGGAAGCUGGCGGUGGGGCUGCGGCGCGGGGCGCCCGGGGCGGCGCUGCGCGGCUGCGCUCAGGCGCUGCUGCUGGAGCAGCUCCUGGGGCAGCCCCUGGGGGGCGCCGCCACCGCCCUGGGCCGCAGCCUGGAGCCGCUGCAGAGGCGCCUGCGCCGCUGCCCUGCGGGCGCGGUGCCCUGGGGGGUCCUGGCCGAGACCUCGCGGCUGUUCCGGGAGCUGGGCCCCGCCCUCCUGCGAGGACUGGAGGCCGCGGGCUGGGACACGCAGCGCCCCCUGCUGGCCGCCGACGAUUGGAGCCUGGAGUGGGCGGGGCCAGCGCCGGGCCACGCCCCCGAGUGAGGCCACGCCCCCUUCCCCAAAAAGGGCGGGAAACGCACCGGGAAAUAAAAAAUUUUACCGAA